AUGUCUUCAUUCAAGCGCAUUUUAAAGUCACUGGGAAACGGGCCGACAAGACGAAACCUUUUCGGGCCUGUGGAUCGUGAGCAGUUUGCAGCUAGAAAUACCAAUAACGCGCUGCAGAAAGACCUAGAGGAGGCUUCAAAUCGCUGGGGCUUUGACUUUGUCACUGAAAAACCACUGGAGGGAGGCGACUUCCAGUGGGAAGGAGUCCCAGAUGUCAAGGUGCCAGCUUUGUACCGCUCGUGCAUGGUAGGAGAUUUGCCUCGAGUCAGAGGUGCUGAGUCGACUUCCGCUGCUGCCUUAGUAAUGGAGGUCUCACCAGGGCCAUCUCACAAUGGUAAAGAGAACAUCCCAUGCACUCUAGAGAGGUACGGAGAUUCACACUGGGGUUUGGAAAAAACACCAGAGAAGAGGAACAAGCUGAAGAGAAAACAGACCAACAUUACAGAUUUCUAUCAGGCGAAGAGAAGGGUGGUGGCCACACCCAGGAAAACGGGUCAGUGAUUCUGCGAGGCCUCAGGCAACAGAAGCCGCCAGUGUCUCUCCAAACACACACUACUUCUCUCAGGAAGCCAAACUCUGCACAGACUCUGUACAUACUCUUACCUGAAGGACUUGUACUUUUGUACACUCACAAAACAAUGUAGCUUCUCUUUCAUAUCCCAGUCAUCAUACAGCCUAACCAGUGUGUGACUUUCUGAUCGGUUCAGUACCAUCAUACGAGUGUUUUGUCGGUGUAAUAACACUUUUUUUUUUUAAUGUAGAGGACAUAUGGCACUGAUCCUUGGGCAGAUAGGCAUUUUGAGCAUUUGUGUUUCUGUGUGCAUUUCAACGUA